CUUUUUUCAAAUGGCAUGAAAGAAUCUGAUGAGAUGCAUCCAGUACUUAGGAUUGAUGAUUCAGAGGAAAAUGCCCUUAUGUCGCUUUUGAGCUUUAUGUACAGUGGAAAGUUGACAACAAGUGAGCCCAAUCUUCUGCUCGGAAUCUUGAUGGCUGCCGACAAGUUUGAGGUUCUUUCUUGCAUGAGGCAUUGCAGUCAGUUGCUCACAAACUUGCCUAUGACCACAGAAUCUGCACUGCUCUACCUAGGCCAUCCAUGCUCAAUUUCAUUAGCCGCUGAGGUUCAGCAUUUGACAGAUGCAGCCAAGGAAUUCCUCGCCAACUCAUACAAGGAUUUGACAGAGUACCCUGUUGGAUUGAUGAAUAUGCCUCUUGCUGGGAUCGAAGCCAUCUUUUCGAGUACGGAUCUACAGGUUGUAUCUGAAGAUACGGUAUAUACCUUGUUGGUCGAGUGGGCCCGUGAGCAAUACCCAGAUUCAGAGGAAAGACACAGGGUAUGGAGUUCUCGUUUACUUCCGCUGGUGCGUGUUAGUCAUAUGUCGUGGGCGAAACUACAUGAGGUCCUAGCAUCCACUGAUGAUGAUGUAGACCAUGACCAAACAACUAAGUGUAUUACUGAUGUACUUCUACACAAAGCUUACCCAGCACAUCAGCAAGGUGUUCUUGCAGCAGAAGCAGCAACCUGUCGGCAAGUUCCACAACGAUUCUACAUGCGCAAACCUAUCAAAGUGGUUGAGUUUGAUCGACCCUGCCAACAGGUUAUUGUGUUCUUGGAUAUAACACGCGAGGAGUGCUGCCGACUCUUCCCAACAGGACAAAUAUUAUCGCACUUGUUCCAUCUUGCAGGGCAGAACUUCUAUCUCCAACUAUCAUGUGAAAUGCAUGAGAAGAGGAAGUCGUACAACUUUGGCUUCUGGUUUGGGAACAUUGAAGAACCAGAGGACACAACGUGUUUGACAUUAGAUUUCGAAUUUGCUGCAAGAAAAAGAUCGUCAGUUGAAUUUGUGCGCCUGUUGAAGGAUAAGCGUAUAUACACCGGUGAUUGGGCGGAGGGAUGUUCUGAUCUUUUCGGGGUUGAAUGGUCGAAGUUCAUUGCUGACGAUAAUCUCUUCAUCAACGGGGUGCUGCAUCUGCGAGCUGAUUUGAGGGUAGUGGUGGGGCAGCCGGAAUUGCAAGCUUAA